AAGCCGCGGAAUACUGUAGUCGUAGCACGAAUGGCUCUUCAGAAAUCGAACAAUAAGGAUCCACGCUUGGUUUUAUCCCGUGAUGCGAAGCCACGGCUGAAAUGGACCCCAGAACUUCACCAGAGAUUUGUUGAUGCCAUUGCUCAGCUUGGAGGUGCAGACAAGGCUACACCAAAAUCAUUGAUGAGAGCAAUGAACAUUCAUGGCCUCACUCUGUACCACCUCAAGAGCCAUUUGCAGAAAUUUCGGCUGGGGAAAAGUCAGCAAUUGCAGCCAUACCAAUAUAACGAGCAGGGAGAUCACAGAGAAUGUCUGAGUCAUUUACCUGCUGCAGAUAGGUGUGAUGAAGCCGAGAGGCAGAUGGAUGAAAACAUGCAGAUAGCUCGGGCUUUGCAAAUGCAAAUGGAGGUGCAGAGGAAACUACAUGAACAAAUUGAGGUGCAAAGACAUCUUCAACUAAGAAUUGAAGCCCAGGGAAAGUAUCUCCAAUCUGUCAUGAAAAAGGCACAGGAAACACUAGCAGGAUACGGUUCUUGCACAGGAGUGGAGCUCGCUGCAAAAACCGAACUCUCAAAGUUAGUGUCGAUGGUGGAAAUGGGGGGGUGCCUGCAAAGUUCUUCAAUGUCAGUACUAACUGAAAAGGAAGGCUCAGUAACAAAAGAAACAGAGAACAAACAACUGAGAACCGGCACUGGAUGUUCACUAGAAAGCAGCAGCUCGCCCUCAUCAUCUGAGAGCUCGGGAAGGAUGGAACAUUCUCGAGCAAAGCAACGAGCAGAAGACGAUAGCCAUACCAUCGAACUCUCGCUGAUGGAAAUGCAUUCAACCCAUCAUAAUGCAUCAAAUGAUGAAGCAAGAAGUGGAAGGAAAAGAAGUCAAAGCAGCACCAGCAUCUCUGAUAAUACUACCUGUGUUGAAAAACCAUCUGAUAAAAUAUUCAAAGGCAGCAGCACAUAUGAUGAAAAGAAGUUGAAAAAGUAUGGAUUCUUGGAGAAUCUGGAUUUGAAUGCCAAGUGCCUUAGUGACUUUGAUACAGGCCCUAAAGUUAUUGACUUGAACAGCAACGGAGUGGAACAAUUUAAUGGGUAUAGCUAGUGCAUGCAAACUUUAAUGCAGAUGCUCAGUUCAGUUGAUAUUGAUAUUAUAAAGCCACUGGUGUACAGCUA